GUCAAUUCAGUUAAGUUAAGUUCAGUUUUUCCUUUUUCCUUCUUCAUGAAACAAAUCCACAAAAAUCUGUGAAGAAGAAAGAUUUAUCAUAUUUUUGUGUACCAGUCUUGAGUCCAGUACCACCAGCAUAGAAUAAGAAUCAACCAUUCCAGAUAAAAGAACAUUGGAAUCCUCCUCUGGCACAUUUCACCAGAGCAGCAAAUACACACAAAAGAAAAAAACAACCCAAAAAUGCCUGCAGUCGUUCGCGUUAAACGUCGUAUCGACGAAGAACCCCUAGGAGCCUUUGUCCUAAAUGGCAAGAAACGUCGCAUUGAUGAGAGUGAUACGAACAGCGCCGCAAAUAACACAACUCCAUUGGAUCUCUUCGACACGAGCAAGGAUGAAAUUUCAACAAUUCUCAAAUUCGCUGGAACCGUACAAUCGCAGGAUGAAAAAGUCACAACACAAAUCGCCCGUCUAACUAAAGACGAAGCAAUUGAACUCGCCAAAAAACACCGCCAACAACCGAUCAGCGCCACAGAACGCGGUAGGCAGGAAAUGCGCGCCCAAAGUAACCAGAAUCGUUUCAAGGUCGUUAAUUGUUUCCGUGCCAUCGACACAGAAACUGAAGAUGCCAAUCCUAAAGAGAUCACAAUUGUAGACAUAGAAAAACAGCCUUUAACCACGACUAUUGAAGAUCCAGCCAACAUAGCCACAACUAGUUCGAAUCAACGACAGCAUGAGCCUCAACCAUCGGUAACUCCUGCUACAACUAUUGAGGAGAACUUCACUCCAACAGAUGGCGAUGGCUAUGUCUACGAUUUGUAUCUACCAGAGAACGAACAGCAGGCAGACGACGUCGAUUACACGGACAACUAUCUAAGCGUUCGUGCUUAUGAGGAGCUUGUAUAUGAAGAUUGUUACAAUGACGAAGAAGGUGAAGAUUCAGAAGACUCAAAUGAAGAGAAUUAUUUUCGUAAUGAUUAUCCCGAUGAAGAAGACGAUGAUGCAGACAAUGAUUCUAUGGGUUUUCGAGAUAUGAGAAGAGCUAUAGAAACUAUAGAUUUUGAUGCAAAUGAAAAUGAACUGUCUAGUGAUGACGAGGAUUACCAUCAAGCUCGGAGUGGUUUUGUCUUUAGCAUAGAUGCUGGGGAUGAAGAUUUUGCCGAUGAUGUUGAUUAUCGUGAUGUUGAUCGUUAUGGUACAGCAUAUGCCCGUUAUAAAAAGAGAAUUUUACGAGACAUGCAAGCAGAAAAUUCUGAGGACGAAGAAGAUAGGCAUAAUGGAGACAUCUCUGAACAGAGCGAUUAUGUGGAUGAUGAAAAUUCUGAGGAUGAUUGAGUUUGAAUAUAUUUUUUUUUAAAUAAAGAAAAUGUUUUGUUAGAUGAAUUUAUUUAUAAAACGAAA